GAGAGUGAGACCAAAAAAAAGAACGAGCCUUAUCUAGUAACCUGUGGUUACAUGUUUUAUUAAAACCAACACAAUUUUAGCUAAUUCUCUGAUUAAAUUCAAAAAAAGAAGUGAAAUUCAACUGUCUUAAUGGCAAAUUCUGUGUGUUUCACCCCUUUAGCAUCAUUGAACUCUUUCAAUAAACCAGGUUUAAUUAAUGGAAAUGGGAAUUGCGCUGGAAGAAAGAUUCAAUUGAUCAAAGAUGUUACCUUCAACUCCAAGAGUAACUUAAGAGUCGUAGAAGUGAAGGCCGCUGACAGUGAUAAAGAAAUAAAAGUAAAGAGCAUAGUCUGUCAAAAGUGUGAAGGAAAUGGUGCAGUGGCGUGCUCACAAUGUAAAGGCGUUGGGGUUAACUCCGUCGAUCAUUUCAACGGACGGUUUAAAGCCGGUGGACUAUGUUGGCUGUGCAGAGGUAAAAAAGAUAUAUUGUGUGGUGACUGCAAUGGAGCUGGAUUUCUUGGUGGAUUUAUGAGUACGUUCGAUGAGUAGACUUCAGAUGCACUGGUCUCGAGUAGACUCGAAGGCAGGUAGAGGCAGGUUCAGAGGCAAAUCCAGAAUUUAAACUUGAUGAGUUCAGUUUCUAAAAUUCUCAGUAUUGAACUCAUUGUACUUCUGAUAUUAUGAUUUCAUAAUUUGAUAUUUGUUAAAACUUUA